CUCUUGACUUUGGCCUCGAGGCUCGUUGCACUCGACCGUAUGUUCAAGGGACGUCCGAUGUUCCUAUACAUUUACUUGCCUUUCCCCCAUGCCAGCUUUUGUGUGCCGUCAUAUUCCUCUUCUCCGUUCAUCUCAGCCCAUUCUUUGAUCUUCAAUCGAGCCUACCAGCUACUUGUUCACCGACACCUUAGUUUGCUUGCGCACCACCGCCAAAGUGGGUGCAAACGCCAGCAGCCAGGCCCCCCCUGUCGAGCCCUGCACAGUCAAAGAGAUGUCUCGAAGAUACUACAUUGAGACGUCCUCGAUGGGGAAGCAACAGUUCGUCAAGCUCAAGCGAUCGCGCUCGCAUCACCAUCAUCGCGAGCACCACCACCACCGCCACUACGAGCUCGACUACUGCCCAGACUACUACAAGGUCAGCAAAGAGGAAUGGAACACACUCAAGCUCAGGGAGCGAUCAUUGGAGGAGCAGAACUGCGCCCUGGCGGAUGAGAACAAGGCGUUGCGGGCGAGUCUGGCCGCGUCGCAAGCAGAGACACAGCGCUUGGAGCAGUGUGUGAUCCCAGACCUACAAGCCGCCAACGCCGCGCUGCUCGCCGACAACGACAGCCUCCGCCGCUCCAUCGACAAUGCUGCCGAUCAUGCGUCCAAGCACGCAGGGGAAGUCGCCAAGCUACAAUGCAAGGUCGACAAGUUGGAACGCGAGCUCAAGGAGUCCAAGGAGGAGACGUGUGACCUGCGCUCGCGGAUACGGAACCUGACGCGCCAGCUGGACGGGAGCUGCAGCCGGCGCGUGUCUGAGCUGCUCAAGGAGCUGAGCUACUGGAAGCACGAAACGAGGUUCUGGAAGGACAAGUGGGAGGAUCUGAACAGGAGGCACCACGAGAUGCUCGAUACCCUAGAGAGCCGGACGGAGCGGAUGGAGUCGUAUGAGGAGAUUCUGAGGAGGCGAAGGAUUGUGUAGAGUUUCGUCUGUCAGCAAUGUAGUCAUUUGUUCAUCUGCCAUGCAGCUGGCUCACUUGUUUAAGUACUUAGUUCAUGUAUGACCCCACCCUUGGACGGAGGCGACUCCCGACACCCCCCGACGAAGACGUGCGUCGAUGAAGGAGGGGAAGAGGGGCCGGAUAU